AAAGCGCAUUUAGUUACUACUACCAGAGGGGGCGCCAUUUGGCUGCCCCGAGUUCUUUCUCCCGUCCAAGCCUGUUUUGUGACAGCCGCCUCGGAGAAGAAACGGCAAUCCUAUCUCGCCUUCCUUCCGGCUCUACGCGUAGUGCGGCUGGCUUACUACCGCCUUCCCUUAGUUUCUCUCCUGGAUGCGAGAGAGGCAGAGAAGGAGGAGCAAGUUCGCACUCAAGGAGGAGCAGCGCGCAGGUGGAAGAAGGCAGGCGGCGAUGAUGCUGUUGGAGAGGAGGAAGCCUUUACAGACGGCCUGCUGAGCUUCAGUCCGCUCCCAACGCUGCGGGCAGAGGCCUGAACUGGAUCCCUUUCCAGCUAUGCGCGCAGGUGAGAAGAGAAGAGUCUGCCCAGUCCCGUUUGGAGGAGGAGCCCACACUUUCUAGCUUCAGACUCGGGUGGAUGAAGUUACCUUUAUACUCUGGGCAGAACAAUGACUUCAGAAGAGACAUCCUGGCCUGUCCCGAUGAAAGCUAUUGGAGCCCAGAAUCUAAUGACAAUGCCUGGAGGUGUUACCAGGUCAGGAUACCUGCACAAAAAAGGAGGAACUCAGUUUCAACUCUUGAAAUGGCCGUUACGGUUUGUGAUUAUCCACAAGGGCUGCAUUUACUAUUUCAAGAGUAGCACUUCUGCAGCUCCUCAGGGUGCCUUUUCACUGAAGGGCUAUAAUAGGGUUAUGCGGGCAGCAGAAGAGACAACAUCAAACAACGUAUUCCCUUUCAAGUUAGUUCACAUUAGCAAGAAGCAUAGGACCUGGUUUUUUUCUGCCUCCUCUGAAGAUGAAAGGAAGGACUGGAUGGCCUCACUUAGGAGAGAAAUAGAUCACUACCAUGAAAAGAAGGAAGUAAUUACUGACUUAAGUGACUCUAGUUCAGAUGUUGAUAGUUUCUAUGGUUCAGUAGAACAACCCAUUAAUAUACACUACUCUCGACAUUCAAUGGAAAAUUCAGAUUAUGAUCAGGAUGAAUAUGAUGAAUAUGUACAUCCAGAUAACUCGGACUGUGUAAAGUGUGAAGAUCAUAUAGUCUUUCCACCAACAUACCCACCUCCUCCAAUUCCACCAAUGGGAAAACCUUCCUAUUCAGAGAAAAAAGCGCACUCAUUCUCUGGCAAGUGUGGUGUGGCUGUGCUUCCAGUGCCAUCUCUGAAAAAAAGCUUACCUGAUGUGAGGCAUGAAGUCGUCUUAAGCGUGACAGGAGAACUCCCUUUUCACAAUAUGAGUCCCCAAUCAACAUGUCAGCAAGUAAUUGGCCAGAGUCCACCAGUGCCUUUGGUCAAAAAGCCCACCUGCCUCACAGAGAUUUCUUCUUCACCAGCUGUAUCUGUGCCACUAUUCUGUGUUUUACCUACUGCUGAAGAGUGUCAGAAGCUUAAAGAGUUUAAACUUUCUCCACAAGCCCCACCUCCAUUGCCAAACAGCAAGCCCAAAUUAUCACAAUAUCCUGUGAAUUCACUGAUGAACACCCAAGCACCAAGGAAACAAGGCAAACCUGGAUUAUUAACACCAAAAGUAUUGGCCAAGUCUCAAGUGCCUGGUAACAAACCACCUGUGCCUACAUCCAAACCAGAGAAGCCUUUGCUUGCAUAUUUAGGUUCUUCAUCCCCUAGAAGAUCAUCACCAGAUGGACAAAGUUUCCGAGUUGCAUUUGAGAAACCAGCAUUGCCUUCAAAAUCAAACUUAUCUGGAGAAGAUUCUGAUGGUGACUAUGAAAAAAUUGAGCUGCCUAAUUCAGUAUUUGUCAACACCUCUGAAUCACUUGAAGUUGAAAGGAUGUUCAAAUCUGAAAAUCCCAUGGGACAUCCAAAACAUGGAUUAUUCUGUAUUAGGAAUUCAUCCAAAAAAACUGGAAAGGUGUUAGUUGUAUGGGAUGAAUCUGUUGAGAAAGUGAGAAACUACAGAAUAUUUCAACAGGACUCAAAGUUUUACCUGGAGGCAGAUAUUCUGUUUCUGAGCCUUAGAAGUCUGGUUGAACACUACAGCAGCCAUGUCUUGCCGAGCCACAGCAAUCUGAUCCUCCAGUUUCCUUAUGGCUAUUCUGGACCUAGGUGACAGAACAUCAUAAUCCACUCUCACAUCAAGCACAAUUAUGGAAUCAUAAGCUACAAUUGUUGAGCAUGUUAACUAUGAUUAUCCAUAUGGAAUUAUUUUUCUGUACAUUCAGUAGAAAGCCUGGGCCUGUUUCAUGGUUAAUCUCUGUGAUUAGAAUAUUCAGCAGACACCUCCUGUAAACUGCUGCACCUCUAAGCAAAUGGGUGUGAAGUUGAAUGGGUGAUAUGACUUAUGUUAGAAUGACUGACAGAACUACUAAGAGACAUUUCUAAAACCAAAGGGCUAGUGACCACUUACUAUGUGUUUUCCUGACUUGUUUUUGAGUCAGCACUGGUGUUUGACAUUUAGUAAUUGUUUACCAUUAAGCUUUAAAUAGCGCAAAAACCCACUUCAAAGCAAAUGCUUGUUUCCCAAAUAUAAAGUAAGUGGACUUUGUAGCUUGUCAUGUAAGAAUCUCCUAAGACUAAUUGUUUUAGAAAUAAUUAUUAUUUAGUACAUUUCUGCACCAGAAUACAAACCGAGCAUGGACAUGCUCUGUCAGUUUGUUAUAUUUUAAGGGCAUUGGACCCUCCAGGCCAUUUUCCUGAUGGCGUUUCACUGUCAAAGCUUUCUCACUCUCACACACACCAUACAAUAUUCUAUUUCUCUCUGCUUAAUGAAUUGCAAAAUAGCCCUGUGCCAGAAUAAUUGUAUGAAAAUAUCAUUUGGCUAAAACCAGAUUUUAAUUUUGGAAAAAUCUAUACUAAUAUUGAGCUGUGAGUGAUUUUUGCUAUUACUGUUAAACAGUUAUGUAUUGAUUAUAUGGUUAAAAGGAUAAAAUCAAUGAAGUAAUAGUAUGAUAACUUCUUUUUAAACAUGCUAAUUAAUGUAAAAAAAUAAAGAUUUUUAUGUCCUGUA